CUUAAACACGCAGCUUUCUCUCUUGCUCUUUUUUUUUUCUUACUCUUUCCGUUUUUUUUCUUCCAACAACCACCUUGUUUUAUUUUUGCGAGGAGACUCAUUAACAACCACCUUCAGCAACAACGACUGCAGCUUAUUCAAACCUCCUUCGCUCGUCGUCGUUCUUCUCGCCGUCGUCGUCUUACUCCUCCUCCUCCUCCGGAAACGAAUUCAAUGGAGUGCCUUCAUGCCAAAAUUGACAAACUUAAUUACCUUUGGACAUCCCUCGGAUCCCCUCUUGAUUCCACGACAGUGUCUCUAAAGCUACAGUACGUCUAUUAUGAGCUGGAUCGAUUGAUUGAAUAUGAAGAACUUCAACGACGGCUACUUGGUGCAGAUAUUGAGGACAUAAUGGCAAACAUCGAAUACUCUUGCAGCAUUUUAGGAGUGUCCAUUGAAAAUAUCUUGACAUCCGACUUGUGCAAAGAGGGAUUAUUCGACGAUGUCAUGAUACCAAUGUCCUCUUUGUCACACCCGACGUUUGCCCGGCAAAAAACAUUACUCGAAUUAGACUCCAGACUGACUCAUGAGAUUUACAGACGACGUUCACAUGUAAAAGGCUGGCUGGAACGAAUUGUUGUGUUAUCAGCCCAACUGGAAGCACAUAAUCCUUUCAAACCAUAUCAGGAAUACGAAGAAGAACUAAGUUGGGGAACAGUGCAAUCGAUCAGUUGCGCCUUGCGUGAUUUACUUCAAAAACAAGCCACGCGUCGAUACGAUUUCGAAGAAUCCGCACGAAAAAUUCAUUAUUAUUGGACUGUGCUAGACAUCACUCCAGAUACAAACGAUCUUAUCGAUCAUGGUUUAGAACAUCUGUUUUCAACUGUUCCUGUGGACACAGAUAUCUUUCAAAUCGACGAGGUACCCAUCCUCGCCGACCUCAUUAACUCCCACAAGAAGACAUCCGGCCAAAGAGGAGAAGGGGAUCGACAAAUAGUAGAAGCAGUAGAUGAUGGCAAUGACGAUGGUUAUUGCUGGAUCUACUACAAUCAUGUCAAAGAUGACAAUAAUCAUUUACGGUCGGCAGAAUCAAUUGAGGUGCUCAAAGCGAAAGUCAUCGAACUUCAUGACAUUUAUAAGCUUCGACUAGAACGAUACAACAGAUAUGUAAAAAGUAUCAAUACGAUUUAUGACGAAAUCAAAACGCCAACCAACAAACGAUUGAUCCUACGCCCAUCCCUGAGCGGCGCGUAUUUGCAAGAGUUACGUGGUGAAUUCGAUGAGCUCAAAGAUGUAGUACGCAAAAUGGCAGAAGAAUAUAUUGACAAGUUCAGGGAGAAGCUCGAGGAUCUGUGGGAUAAAGCGCUAUUAACGCAAAAAGAACGUGUUGAAUUUAUCGCCAAGUUGCAUGAAAAAGCCGACACGAUGGAUGAGGUUCACUUACUGGUUGACGAACACAUCAAAUAUCUACAACGUGUACAGCCCAAAGCAAUAACCGUAGCACGGUUAAUGAAGCAACGAAGAGAACUUAUACAGAAAAUGAUCGAUUUUGAAAAGACAGCCUCAGACCCAAAAAGAUUGUUCCAAUCAUCGUUCCAGCUCGUUGAAGAGGAGCGAUGGAGGAAAACAUGUUUCCCUACACUUCUGAUGCUCGAUGAUGCCCUCCUAAAAGCCGUACAAGAGUUUGAGCGUGUCUCUGGAAAGCCAUUUAUUUACGAUCACUGUAGAUACUUGGAUACUCUCCGUGACGAAAUUGCCGAUCGUACUGCCAACCAAACCUUCUUUGGCUUUUUAAAUACGGAUCCAAAACCAUCUUCAUCCGCUAUCACGCGAAAAGAUUCUCGAUCAAAACUACGCGCUGCAACUCUCAACGUAGCACCAAACUCACCCAUAAAAAAUAACAUGAGUAGCAAUGCAUCCAGUAGAACUAAUAGCACCGGAAACUACAGCAACAACAAAUGUCCUCCUUCGCCCACGUCAAUACCUCCUCCUCCCGCUAAACGUAGAUCACUUAUUCGCCACUCGAGCAAAAGCGAACUGGCAACACCCCGUAGCUCUAAAUCAACGUUUACUCAGUUACUAUCUAAUGCAAAAUAUAUGCCACCCACGCCACCCGCUGAGCCAGCUUCAAAGCACGAGUAUGUGAACAACAACAAAAGAAGUCGUAUACCGUGUCCAGUAAAAGCAAACAACAUGGAACAUGGUACCACUGCUUCUACUACUACUACUACUACUACUACUACUACUACUACAGCUGGCCUUAACAAUGUAGCUAGCAAUCAACAACAGCAUUCAUCACCAAGCAACAGUCAAUGGAGUAAUAUUGGUAGUUCGGAUCAAGGCAACAGUGAUGGCGAAGAAUUGGAAUCAUCCAUGGCAUCUCACAUAGAAGCAUCAUCCAUAUCUGCCGUAUCAACGUGCUGAAAACAAAAAACAUUCUCCCUUUUUAUUCUUUUUCUUUAUACCCUAGCGCACAUACUCGCACUUGCACUCACACUUACUCACGCACCUACAAUUUCUCACUCACCUAUCAAAACCUUCCAACAACUUGUCUUUUUUUUUUUGCAUCUGUCAUACUCAUGUAUAAAAUAAAGCGCAG